AGGAACUCAUCUGUGAGCACCACAUUCGCAUUCCGAAACCCUCACAAUAAUUACCCAAAUUGCUCCUUCCUCCUCCAACGAACCUGUUUAUUGAUUUUGAAGAGAUGGAAAAAAUGAAUCUUGUACUUUGGUAGCUCUCAUGGUGAUGUAAUUUGAAUUUCUCGAAUCAGAAUCGGUUCUCAAAAUGCAGCCUUCCCACCGGAACAUGUGCAUGGAUUCCUCCUCCAGCUCCGCGGAGCUGCCAGCGACAGCCGCAGCCAGUUCUUGGGCGAAAACGGGAGCAAAGGCCAUCCUCCUCGGCGGCGUCUUUCUGAUUUGCUUCGCCGGGAACUUCUUCGACUUUAUCCAUCUACAGGGCGAUUUUUCAUCGGAGCAAUCGACUCUCGACGAAAUAGAAGGCGGGUCGUUGCGUUUACUCACAAGUAAUGUCACGGUGACCACGACCACUACAACGACCUCCACGACAACCCUUGUAGCCGGAGGACUCGGCGCUCAGGUCGCGAUAACCGAAACACUCCUCACCACCACAACCCCCCGCCCGGUCUACGAGAGCACGGUCAGCGUGGAAGAAAAAACUACCGGGGCAACUACGUUGGUCUUCUGGCUCGUUUUCUGGACGAUCGUGCUGGUCUUGAUCGUCGUCUACUUCACCUAUUUUGCGGGAAAAAACUCGCUCGCGCACCAGUGGCUUCAAAAGAAACGGGAAAAGAACGUGCACCACCGAGCGCGGGAGCAUCAUGAGGAUAUCCACGCGGCGAUGAGCGACCCGGAUGACUGGAGCCAUUUGGCGCCAGGGCCGGGUUCAGCUACAGCUGCGGGGGCAGCGUCAUCCUCGCGGGGCAGCAGUAGGGAGAAAAAAGUUUCCUCUACCUCUGGCAAGCAACUUCAAUUGGAAGCAGGGCCCGCGCAGCCGUUGUCACUCGAGUGGGAUGGAGGCGAUGCUAGCUAUUACGAGAACUACCCUUCGCCUCCGCCUGCAAUUGUUGGUGCUGCAACAAAUAAGAGCAAAGGUGGGAAAGACCAACGUAGAAGUAGUGCCGGGAAGGGAUCCAAUUCUAGCAAAAAGGGCAUCAUCAAGGGGAAAGGCAAGGAGUCCGAGCAUCACGAUGAGCAGCCUGCUCCGUCACAAGCACAACUUGCAUUAGAGUGGGGCGCCGGCGGGGAAGACAGUGGACAGCAAAAGCAUGGACCGCCAGCAGCUCACCAGCAUAAUGGAGCAGACCAUCAUGUGGACCACCACCCAAAGGCGGGUCAUGAAACGAAAGGUAAAGCAGGGCAUCAGCCAGCGGGUAGUGGAAGUAAAGGAAAAGCACAAGAAGGAGCAGGUAAAAAGAGUAAAGGCCAUCUUCCGGCGGCGCACAGCCAAGCAGAAGUCCUUGGCAAGCCGUCGCAGUGGGACCAGUGGUGACGAGCUACAUCACAAAAGGACAAGAUCAUAUAUGUGUUUUUAGAUCUACCCAGCCUUCUAUUUUAGCCCAGGUAUGCCUAUUUGCAUUUUUCCCUAGGCUGUAAUCUACUAGAUUGAAGAGAGUUUUGCUUUCCCCUCGCUUGUAAAUCAAAACGAAAAUGAUCAUUUUCGCGCAUGGUAUGAUCGUAACGUGCGGCUCAGCACUUUUUACACUGAAUGAGAGGUAGGAUAGAUCAAUUUUGUGUUCGUCGUCCGCAUGAUUUCGGAUUUGCUUGAAAAACGCACAGUCUACAACCUGUA